AUGUCGAACGAUAUAAAGCUAUCCGAGGUUCCGUCAAAGCGUGAUACAGAGCAGGCGGUCAUGGAUAUACAGGAUGGAGAUCUAAAGCAGCAGGAGGUCCGGGGUCUCGACCCUGCUCUCCAGUUCAUGAACGCAGAGGAGGUUGAAUAUACACCCGACGAGGCUAAGAAGGUUCUGUCCAAACUCGAUCGAUUCCUCAUGCCCUUGCUCUGUUGGGUCUACUUGAUUCAGUUUGCCGACAAAACGUCAUUGAACUAUGCCUCGCUGAUGGGCAUUCGGGAAGAUACUCAUUUGGCCCCUGAUUCGCAGCAAUACAGCUGGGUCUCGAGUAUCUUCUAUGCUGGAUAUAUCCUUUGGGAAUUUCCCACCACGUAUCUGCUUCGUCGUCUGCCCCUGGGCAAAUACACCUCAAUCAAUAUCGUGCUCUGGGGUAUUGCACUCGUCUGCCACGCAGCCACUCAUAAUUAUGCGAGCCUACUGUGUGUCCGUUUUUUCCUAGGCGCAUUUGAAGCAACAGUAACGCCAGCCUUUGUCUUGUUUACUUCUUGCUGGUACAAACAAGAGGAGCAAGCCAGACGCAUGGGCUUUUGGCUCAGUUGCAACGGAUUGGCCCAAGUACUUAUUGGGCCCAUUGCCUACGGCCUGGCGGGUGUGCACGGGACUUCCAUCGCCGUGUGGAAAAUUCUCUUCUUGGUAUUUGGCCUGCCCACUGUCCUAACGGGUAUAUUGUAUCUUUGGUACAUGCCAGACAACCAAAUCCAGGCCCGGUUCUUGAACCACCGCGAGAAGCUCAUUGCCAUUGAUCGCAUUCGGAGCAAUUUCCAAGGAAUCGGUAACAAAAAAUGGAAAUGGCCUCAGUUUUUCGAAGCAUUCCGCGACCCGCGGACCUAUCUCUACGUGCUAUUUUCGCUGUUGAUGAACAUUCCUAACGGAGGAAUCACGACUUUUGGCUCUAUCAUCAUCAGCUCAUUUGGAUUUUCUGACCGCAUGUCUCUUAUUUUGAACAUGCCAAUGGGCGUCGUGGACAUUAUUUGUAAACUUGGAUUGACCUAUCUGUCUGAUCGGUUCUUUGAUCGCACCCUGUUUGCCAUAUUCGCCAUUCUGAUUCCUAUGAUCGGCGGUAUUAUGAUGACUGUGAUUCCUCUUCAUGCCAAAGCCGCUUUGCUAAUAGGAUAUUAUUUGAUCGGUGCCGCUGGAACUGCCUGGUGUCUCGUGAUGGUGAUGAUUUCAAAUAACACUCUAGGGUAUACCAAGAAAGCAACAGUGAAUGGCCUCCAGAUCGUGGCCUAUGCAGCCGGAAACUGGAUUGGUCCCCAAACAUUCCGCUCAACCCAAUCGCCUGAAUAUUUCGAUGGCAAGCUGAUGGUCGCCAUCAUGUACGCUUUGGCAGCGAUCACCUUGGUAGUCGUUCGGGUGAUCAACAUCGUGGAAAACAAGAGACGUGACCGGAAGGCUAUUGAGGAUCCUGACACUGCACAUGCUACACCUGGCUCUGAAUUCUUGGAUUUGACAGACUUCGAGCAGCCAGCCUUUCGCUAUGUGCUGUGA